AUGGAGUCCAGAUCUCUCCAGUCGAAGCCGUCAGAGGAGACUCUCAUGUCGCUUCUCCAAUUAGACCCGUCGCCCAUUGAGACACCACCGGUCGAUACCGAGAAAGAUCUUCCACCCUUGCCGAGAGAUGCGCUUGAGAAUGGCACUAGCUCACUCAGGUCUACGUCUUCGGCCCCCGGCUUGAGUGGGAGCGGGCAUAAUACCAUCUUCUACCUUACGCGUAUACAAAAGUUUUCGUCUUACCUGAUACCUUUAUUUAUGACGCUUCAUGUCACCAAUACUUCGAUAAUACCCCUUAUUGCCCGCUCCGUUCCGGCUUCCGAAACCUACCUGUUGCUGUCUCGAGAGAUAUAUCAAACAUCGCUCACAGAACCACUUCUCGUGGUAUUACCCAUAGUCGCACACGUUGCCUCCGGUAUCGCGCUUCGUCUCGUCCGUCGGUCACAAAACCUCAAGCGUUAUGGCGGUAACACACCAGGCAUGUACGCAUUAUAUCGCGCUCGGACCGGCGCAACCUCCCGGUCCUUGACAUCCAACAGCAUCAACUCCGCUGGUCGCAUAUGGCCACCAGUCAGCUACAUCUCCAUGUCUGGCUACGUCUUUACGACAUUCCUUGCUGCCCACGUGGGCAUCAACCGCAUUCUCCCACUCUAUGUUGAGGGCGACAGUUCCAAUAUCGGCCUGGCUUUCGUUUCGCACGGGUUUGCUCGGCACCCAAUUCUAUCUUGGCUCGCUUAUACCGGCCUGCUGACGGUGGGCUGCGGCCACAUGGUCUGGGGCGCUGCUAGGUGGUUGGGGCUGGCACCGACAGCCAUGGGAUGGAGCGGUAGCGGCUCCAGUGUGGUCGAUAAGAAGGUCCGGCGGCGCAAGAGGAGAUCAUGGUGGGCACUGCAUGGUGUUGCCUUGGUAGCAGCUGGUAUUUGGGCAGGCGGUGGUCUAGGCAUCGUAGCAAGAGGAGGCCUGACAGAUGGUUGGGUUGGCAAACUUUACGAUGAUCUCUUCGCCAAGAUCUCCCUUUUGUAA